GUCUCCGGCUGUUCUGGCCUUGUGCUUCAGAGCAGUAGAUGGCAGUGUUGGAGUAUGACUUGAUUCGUUCUGCCAGCGCAUUAUAGAAGAAGAAAUCCGACCGUCCCUUCGGUGUUUAUAAAAGGCGAGUUUCAGCGACGGAAAUUUAGUGUUAAAACUAAGACGAUCACAUCACUUCCUUUUCUACCUGUUAAAGGCUGGCUAUGGACACAAGUGAAGCUGAAACUGUCAGUACACCGAGCCUGUAUGCCACACUCGGCCUGUCACCAGAGGAUAUGGAUGCUCUUGCUCAGAUUCCAGAGAGUGAGAUCAGUGUAGAGACACUCCCUUAUUUCAUUAUGCAACUCAAGGCAAAACGCACCCACAAUACAUCAGCCACUUCAGAUACUGACAACAGAGACAAAUCUACACAGGACAAGCCCGAUACACCCGAGAAGUCCACCACUGAGAAACGCAGAAGCCCGCAGUUAUCCAGUUCAACACGGCGCUCUGGCAGCCAUGACCGUGAGCAACAUGUGAAAGGGGAGAGUCAUCGGAGGGUUGAUCGGUCCACAGGAGGAAGAAGGGACUCGAGAUACAGAAAGUCAUCCCGGGAAAGUGGAGAUGAUGUAGCUGUGGAGGUGGAGCUGGCCGACAACCCCACGGUUUUUCCACACGAAUGCUUUCUCUGCAAGUGUGUGGUGAAUUCUUUGAAGACAUGGAAAGAACAUUUUUUAGGUGCCCGCCACCAAUCACAUGAAUCACGCAUUUCCCACAGAAGUUCUCGCUCUUCUCUGCCUCCUAAGAGACCCUACAGCUCUGAACCUGUCACAGGUAAACCGUCCAUGUCAACCACGUCAGAAUUCCUACACCCUCCUAAGUUCAAUACGAGAGUGGUAGUUGCCAAGUUUCCUAGGGGCACUGUGACCGUGGAGGAACUUUUAGGGCUUGGCAAGCCAUUCGGCACAAUUGUGAAAAACCUAGUGUUGCCUGCAAAGGGUUUUUUGGAGUUUAGUUCUCACAAAGAGGCUCAAAAUAUGGUAAGUCACUACAAGUUGAAACCAGCCUUCAUCAAGGAGAACCUAAUCAUCCUGUAUUUAUCACUAACAGCAGACACCAUUCAUCCACCAUUCAUGUUUGAUGAGCCUUUGCAAAAACGAGCAAAACGUUCAAGCGCACCUUCAGUAGUUUGCCUUUCACGUUUGCCUGCUGGGGAGGGUGUUGAAGCGGAGGUCCUGGAGCUUGCAGGCAUGUUCGGUGAGGUGCAGCAGUCAGAGAUCACAAACAGUAAGGCCUUGAUAGAAAUGGUUAACUGGCGAGAUGCAGACAUCAUGGUGAAGUAUUACUACAGUAACCCACUAAGGAUUCAGGGCAAAAGUGUCAAAGUUACCAUGACCAGCAUCACAAGCCUGCGAAAGAACAGUCCUGAUGCUCUGUCCAGAAAAUCUGAUUCAAGCAAAAACAGCAGACAGAGAGAGGAGUCAUCCUCAAGCAACAAGGACAAAAACAACAGCUCCAGUCAGGAAGCCUCAGCCGUCCAUGUCGAGAGAGAAAAUGAGGGAAUAAAAAGGGAAGAUGAGAAGAUGCUUGGUGAGAAGGAAGGAAUUCAGAUGGAGGAUGAACCUGCACUUCCUGAUAAUAAGACCAGUGAAAUCUCGGUUAAUAAAGAGGAGGGAGAAAAAAAGGGAGAAGAGGAAAGGACAGAAGAAGAGGAUUCUGCGGCUAAGGCGGAGGAGAAUAGAGAGAGACCUUCAGAGGAGAAUCUAGAGGAACAGGAAAGUUUGGAUGAUGAAGAAUUCCCAGAGAACCUAGAUGAUUUUGUUACAUUAGAUGAACUGGACAACACUGCAGGGGCCGAUUCAGCCUUAGAUUCAUCUGAGACACAGGGUGGUAAAGUAUUGAUGGUGUGGCCUGUCAAGAAGAUUCCAGACUUGACGGAGGCUCUGAGCAGUCUGUGUGCACCCUUCAGCAGUCUGGUGAAGCAUUCUUUGUCUUUGUACAAAAAAGAGGCUAUGGUAGAAUUGGAAACUGUUGAAAAAGCCCAAGAAAUGCUGAGAUUCUACAAAGACCACAAGGCAACAAUCUGUGGCCAUACUGUGUCUGUUUUUAUGUGCAAUACCAUGAAAACAAUAGAGACCCCUAGUGGGAGAUCUGUUUUCAUCAGUGGUUUUCCCAAUAAGUAUGUAUGGCAGAAACACACAGCAUACAGAGCCCUUUUAAAUCUGGCCAAGCCCUUUGGAAAUCUGACUGGCUACUUUCUAAACAAGCAACUGGGAACGUGUUACAUGCAGCUGGAAAGUACAGAGGCAGCUGAAAAAAUGGUGGAGCAAAGCAUUCGCUGGCCUCGCAAAUUUUGGGGUUUGGUUCUAAAAGUAGCCAGGUGCAGGAAGGGAGACUCUCUGAUUCGUUGGAAACGCCCGAAGCACAACACUGAGGAGAGAGAAUUCAGAAAGGAGGCGAAAAAGCCUAAAAGCACCAAAAGGACAGAAAGGGACCAGAUGACCAAGAGUGGCACAAAGGAGAACCACCACAGCUCUUUACCAGAUUGUGAAGGUGUGUGUGUGGAUCCCGUUUGUGAAACACCAGGUUCAGAAGAUAUUGACCAUCAGGAAAAAACCAUUCUGGGCCCUUACUUACCUGACCACAGUGUGGGUGUGAACUACGUCAUCCCAGUAACUGGCUUCUUUUGCCAGCUGUGUAACAUGUUCUACAGCAAUGAGAAGAGAGCGAAAUCAGAGCACUGCCACAGCCUUGAACACUACAACAACCUGAAGAAGAAACAUGAUGAAGUGGUUGAGGACACUGAUGGACACCCAGAUGGUUGAGUGAAUAAAAGCGUGAACAUGAGGAAGACACCGACAUUGUACUUUUGAUUAAUUUUUUAUUAUCAUUUGUUUUGAUUUCAGUUACAU